CCAAACGGUAACCGUGGUUCUACUCGAACCCAAGUCGUCCCUGGCUGCCACCGCAGCCUGGCCGCGAGCCACCGGACCCUCAACCUUGAACCUUCAAGACGAGUGAAAUUUAUGCUAGUUGUGGUUUUCUAGAUUGUGUUAGUCAAUAUUUGUUUUCUGCUAGGUGAUGAGAAACGAGAGGGGACCAAGCGCGUGGUAGCUUCACCUUCACUUUUUCUGUUUCGUCAUGAAGGAUUUGUUUUGAGGGAGCAACAUUGAAAAGCGAUGCUGGACAUGACCGUAGCCAUUUUGGCUCAAGGUUGUGGAUUAAUGUAAGGGCCUACAGCCUUCCAGAUAUUACGCCCCUGGCAGGCUUGUCCCUGUUGUUGUGGUGGUGGUGUUACCGAGUAACAUCCACAACCUAAGCAGCAUGGAUUUCCAUGCUGUUCGUAUGCUUAUGGUGGUGCGCUAACGAAAGACCAUCCAUCAUGCAUCAUCAUCGUCAUCAUCUUGAGGGGUUUCGGUUUAAGUGCAUAAGGAUCCCGG